GAUCGAAAAGGCAGCGGGACUGGGGGAAAGACUGAUGUGAAAGGAGAUUUCUAGAAGGACAAGAAGAUAAACGCACUCUUGGAAAAAACAACCAAUGGAAGAGGUGUAAAUAAGCUGUUCAAAAGUGCUUGCAAUGAUCCGUUUUGCAAACGUUUAUUCGUUGUGAAAAGGGACAUUCUGGAAACUAUGAAUCAAGGAUAGCAGUACAGUCACAUUUAACAGCUGCAUGGCUGUCCAAAGCGCAAACAUGAAAGGAUGACAUGGAAAUCAGAACAGCCGACUGAAAGACCACUGCUUUCUCACGCUCAUAUAGAUGGAGAGACAGUGCUUGUGAACGAUGUAUACUGGAAGAGAGAUGAACAUUAGGUAGCGUCGGUAAAUAUCCAAAAACUGGAAGGAAAGUGGACAGUAAAGAAUAGCUGGUGGGUAGCUGUCAAAAGGAUGGAUUUUAGCGUACUACGGAAUCUCAUCAGUAGAUACUGUGCUGGGGAGGAGUACUGGGUGGACAGCCGGACAGUAUACAUCGGUCACAAAGAACCCCCGCUGGGGGCCGAUGCCUACAUCCCUCAGCGUUAUCCCGACAACCGCAUUGUCUCUUCCAAGUACACCUUAUGGAACUUCAUCCCCAAGAACCUGUUUGAACAGUUCAGAAGAAUCGCCAACUUCUACUUCCUGCUCAUCUUCCUGGUCCAGCUCAUCAUAGACACGCCCACCAGCCCCGUCACCAGCGGACUGCCUCUAUUCUUUGUCAUCACCGUCACUGCCAUUAAACAGGGUUAUGAAGACUGGCUGAGACACAAGGCAGACUGCAGUAUAAAUGAGUGUCCUGUGGACGUGGUGAAGGAAGGGACGGUGGUGAGGACACAGAGUCACAAGCUACGGGUGGGGGACGUUGUCAUGGCGAGGGAAGACGAGACGUUCCCCUGUGACCUCAUCCUGCUCUCAUCCAGCCGUGAUGACGGAACUUGCUACGUCACCACCACCAGCCUGGAUGGCGAGUCCAGCCACAAGACCUACUAUGCUGUACCAGACACCAUGGUCUUUAAGACAGAGCAGGAGGUGGACUCUCUGCAUGCGACUAUUGAAUGUGAACAACCACAGCCUGACCUCUACAAAUUUGUGGGGCGCAUCAAUAUUUAUAAAGAAAGUGAAGAUCCCAUAGUCAGACCCCUGGGAGCUGAGAACCUUCUCCUCAGAGGAGCCACCCUGAAGAACACAGAACACAUUUAUGCUGUAGCCAUCUACACGGGCAUGGACACCAAGAUGACGCUGAACUACCAGUCCAAAUCCCAGAAACGCUCCGCUGUAGAAAAGUCUAUGAAUGCAUUCCUCAUAGUGUAUCUGUGUAUCCUGAUCAGCAAAGCGGUCAUUAACACAGUGCUGAAGUACGCGUGGCAGUGGUCUGCUGACCACGACCAGCCCUGGUACAACCACAGGACCGAGAUCGACAGAGAACGCCACGUGGUGAUCAGGGCGUUCACAGACUUCCUGGCCUUCAUGGUGUUGUUUAACUACAUCAUUCCAGUCUCCAUGUACGUUACCGUGGAGAUGCAGAAGUUCCUGGGUUCUUACUUCAUAGCCUGGGACAAGGAUAUGUACGAUGAUGAGCUGGGGGAGGGGGCUCAGGUCAACACAUCAGACCUCAAUGAAGAGCUGGGACAGGUGGAGUAUGUGUUUACUGAUAAGACGGGCACGUUGACAGAGAACAACAUGGAGUUUAUAGAGUGCUGUGUGGACGGACUCGUGUAUAUCCCCCACGCCAUCUGUAACGGACAGAUCCUCAGUGCUGCUUCCAGUAUAGACAUGAUCGACUCCUCACCUGGAGGAGACCACAGGGAGCAUGAGGAGCUGUUCUUUCGGGCUCUGUGUCUGUGCCACACGGUGCAGGUGAAGGAGGAGGAGACAGUGGACAGCAUCAAGAGAGGGAUCCACCAGGGAAAACCCACCUCCUUCUACAUAUCAUCUUCUCCUGAUGAGGUGGCAUUGGUGGAGGGCAUGAAGAGGUUGGGGUACACAUAUCUAAGACUCAAAGACCGUCAUAUGGAGAUUCUCAAUAAGGAGGAUGAGAUUGAGAGGUUUGAGCUGCUACACGUGCUGAACUUUGACUCUGUCAGGAGGAGAAUGAGCGUCAUUGUCAAGUCUAGUGCAGGGGAGUACCUGUUGUUCUGUAAGGGGGCUGACUCCUCCAUCUUCCCCAGAGUGGUGUCAGGGAAGGUGGGGCAGGUGCGGGCGCGGGUGGAGCAGAACGCUCUGGAGGGCUUGCGGACCCUGUGUGUGGCAUACAGAAGUCUCUCCCUAGCAGAGUACGAGGAGGCGUGUCAUCAGCUGAGCGACGCCAAGCUAGCCCUGCAGGACAGGGAGCAGCGACUGGCGCAGGCUUAUGACCUCAUCGAGAGGGACUUCACCCUGCUGGGGGCCACGGCUGUGGAGGACAGGCUCCAGGAGAAGGCAGCAGACACCAUUGAGUCUCUCCAUAAGGCUGGGAUGAAGGUGUGGGUCCUGACGGGGGACAAGAUGGAGACGGCGGCUGCUACAUGUUAUGCUAGCAAGCUGUUCCGCCGCUCCACCCAAAUAUUGGAGCUGACCAAGAAACGAACCGAGGAACAGAGUCUACAUGAUGUUCUGUUUGACUUGAGCAGAACCGUACUGAGACAGCGCUCCCUGUCGCGGCUGUCUGUAGACUGUCAGGACUAUGGUCUGAUCAUCGAUGGGGCCACCCUGUCUGCGGUGCUGAAGCCCAGUCCAGAGAGCUCCGGCUCUGGGAACUACAGAGAGAUCUUCCUGGAGAUCUGUAGGAACUGCAGCGCCGUUCUCUGCUGCCGCAUGGCUCCCCUACAGAAAGCACAGAUUGUGAAGCUGAUCAAGGCGUCUAAGGAGCACCCCAUCACUCUGGCCAUCGGAGACGGAGCCAACGACGUCAGCAUGAUCCUCGAGGCACAUGUGGGCAUAGGCAUCAUGGGUAAGGAGGGUCGCCAGGCAGCGAGGAACAGCGAUUAUGCCAUCCCAAAGUUCAAACACCUGAAGAAGAUGCUGCUAGUUCACGGCCACAUCUACUACAUCCGCAUCGCUGAGCUGGUGCAGUACUUCUUCUAUAAGAAUGUGUGCUUCAUCUUCCCUCAGUUCCUCUAUCAGUUCUUCUGUGGAUUCUCUCAGCAGCCCCUGUACGACACAGCCUACCUGACGCUGUACAACAUCAGCUUCACCUCCCUGCCCAUCCUCCUCUACAGCCUCAUAGAGAAACACGUCAGCAUAGAGACACUGAAGAGCGACCCCACUCUGUACAGGGACGUAGCUAAGAACUCUCUCCUGCGCUGGCCCGUGUUCCUGUACUGGACAUGCCUGGGCUUAUUCGACGCCUGUAUCUUCUUUUUUGGUGCCUACUUCCUGUUCGACAACACCACCUUCACUAGCAACGGACAGCUUAUGACCACCAACACACAGAUGAUGUUUGGGAACUGGACUUUCGGGACUCUCGUCUUUACUGUGCUGGUGUUCACGGUCACGCUCAAGCUUGCCUUGGACACACACCACUGGACCUGGAUCAACCACUUUGUCAUCUGGGGCUCCCUGCUUUUCUAUGUCAUCUUCUCUCUGCUCUGGGGAGGCAUCAUCUGGCCUUUCCUGAACUACCAGAGGAUGUACUAUGUGUUCAUGCAGAUGUUGUCCAGCGGUCCGGCUUGGCUAGGCAUCAUCCUGCUCAUUACGGUCAGCCUGCUGCCUGAUGUGGUCAAGAAGGUCCUCAGCAGAACACUGUGGCCCACCGCCACCCAUCUUGCACAGUCCAAUCGCCCGUGCCUUACCGUGGAGCCGUCCACCAUCUUCGUGCUUUCUCAGUCCGAUAGCAGAUUGAGUUUCUGAUUGGCCGAGAGACGUCAGAGGAGGAGAGGGUGAAGGCUGAUGGGGUGUGUGAGGGGAGUGUGUCCUCUGCCCCGGGCGCCAGUCCUGUUGAUGGAGGUGGAGGCAGUGAGAGAGGCAUGCUUUGCCCUGCUAGGACCUGUGAGGGGGACAGAGGAGGUGGAGGGGUGCAAGCUACCAGGACCUAUGACUCCAUGAUGUCACACAACCCUAACUACCUGCUCAGCCAGCCCCUAGACCAUUCCCCAUCAGAGACCUAGGGUUGCUACGGUAACUGAACGCCAAUGGCCACAGAAUAUGUCAAGAGGGGCAAUGCUGCUAAUAUGGCUGCCUGUUGCACUGGUUCUGGAGGGGUGCUGAUAGUUUGGGGGGCAUUUUAUUUCCUGCUAGAGGGUCUUCACCGAUGCUAGCUGGUCUACUGUGCUGAGAGGCCUGCUCACUUCGGACGAAUCACAAUUGUGGAAUGCAACGCAUGGAGCUGACUGGGUGGUUUGAUUGUCAUGAUUUUCUUCGGGUGGUUUGUCUGGAGGGUCAGGGUGACUUGCUUGGGUUGGUACUAUAUUGUAAACUCUCUUGGGAUGCAACAGAGGCAUUUUCUGGCUUUCCUUCUGUCCUGCUGAGAGCUGCUGUAAGGUGGAUGAGCUCUGCCUUAUUAUUGGAUCACUCUCAUACUGUCCAUUCCAACACUGGGGUCCGAGACAAUAAUAUCUCUGCAAUUUUUUACAAAUAAAUACAUUUGGUAUCUUAAACAUGGAGAUAAAGUUUAACACACAGGCAAAACAAUGGCAUUGAUUAUUAUUCUGUACACUGAAUUGAAUAAAACAUCAGGCAACAUUAGUGGCCAUUUGGAUGAGGAACACUGACCUCUGGUGCUAGAAGAUGAAGUGUGUGAACGUUUCAUUUUCAUUGCAUGCUGAUCAUCUGAAUGUGAGUUCAACCUGAAACAGACUAGGGUAUUUUCAGUGAUCUAAACACUCCCUCUGUUUUUCUCCAUUCUCUCCUUCCCUCCUUCUCCAGGACGUUGACAAGCUGUUGCAGGGCAGUGUAGCAGAGUUGACCCCCGUGCUCCCAUGCCCUUCUGGCCCUUCCUCCAAACGGAAGUGUACUGACUCCUCCCACCUCCACAUCAGGGUUCCGAUGCCCCUCCCACUCCGCAGGUCUGAGUCCUUCCCCCACAAACUACUAUUGGCCCACUGGACUGAUUGGGGCGGGGCAGACCGCUGCACCCUCAGCCCCUACAUGCUCUGCCUCUCAGGGACUGGCUUUGCCUGCUACACACCGGGGCCAGAGACCUUUGUGUGACACACACUCACACACACGCAGGCUAAUGUGUGAACACACACAAAACGAUGUGUUCACAAAAGAUGUGCACACACACAGAGACCAAUGUGAUCUAAACUUACAGCUUACCAUGGAUGUGGAAGGAUUUGUAUUCCACUCAUAAACAAUGCAAACACACACACACACACACACACACAUUUGCAAAAUAAUUCACACAUACUGAAAAACAUGAAACAUCUUCACACAAUUCACCAUGUGCUUAGUCAGCCAUUCAGAUACACCGCUCCCCCAAUCUGCCUCCCACUGGUCCUGUCCAUUCCAUUUCAGUGUGGUCCUGAUCCCAGUCUAUUCCAUUUCAGUGUGGUCCUGAUCCCAGUCCAGUCCAUUUCAGUGUGGUCCUGAUCCCAGUCCAGUCCAUUCCAUUUCAGUGUGGUCCUGAUCCCAGUCCAGUCCAUUUCAGUGUGGUCCUGAUCCCAGUCCAGUCCAUUCCAUUUCAGUGUGGUCCUGAUCCCAGUCCAGUCCAUUCCAUUUCAGUGUGGUCCUGAUCCCAGUCCAGUCCAUUUCAGUGUGGUCCUGAUCCCAGUCCAGUCCAUUUCAGUGUGGUCCUGAUCCCAGUCCAGUCCAUUUCAGUGUGGUCCUGAUCCCAGUCCAGUCCAUUCCAUUUCAGUGUGGUCCUGAUCCCAGUCCAUUCCAUUUCAGUGUGGUCCUGAUCCCAGUCCAUUCCAUUUCAGUGUGGUCCUGAUCCCAGUCCAUUCCAUUUCAGUGUGGUCCUGAUCCCAGUCCAUUCCAUUUCAGUGUGGUCCUGAUCCCAGUCCAGUCCAUUCCAUUUCAGUGUGGUCCUGAUCCCAGUCCAGUCCAUUCCAUUUCAGUGUGGUCCUGAUCCCAGUCCAGUCCAUUCCAUUUCAGUGUGGUCCUGAUCCCAGUCCAGUCCAUUCCAUUUCAGUGUGGUCCUGAUCCCAGUCCAGUCCAUUCCAUUUCAGUGUGGUCCUGAUCCCAGUCCAGUCCAUUCCAUUUCAGUGUGGUCCUGAUCCCAGUCCAUUCCAUUUCAGUGUGGUCCUGAUCCCAGUCCAUUCCAUUUCAGUGUGGUCCUGAUCCCAGUCCAGUCCAUUCCAUUUCAGUGUGGUCCUGAUCCCAGUCCAUUCCAUUUCAGUGUGGUCCUGAUCCCAGUCCAUUCCAUUUCAGUGUGGUCCUGAUCCCAGUCCAUUCCAUUUCAGUGUGGUCCUGAUCCCAGUCCAUUCCAUUUCAUUUCAGUGUGGUCCUGAUCCCAGUCCAUUCCAUUUCAGUGUGGUCCUGAUCCCAGUCCAGUCCACACCUCUACUCUGUUCUGCUACUCUCUAAUCCAUGUUAAAAUACUUGAAUCCAACGUUGACACCAGUGGCGUUACACACUGAACACACGGAGGUGUUCAGUGUGUGAAUGUGCGUCCCUUCUACACUAAGGAAUUGUGUAUGUGUUUCUAUUUUAUUAACUGUCUGUCUUCUUCUUUUUCUCUGUCUCUCAAAUGUACUCAUUUUGUUGAAAUAACGGGAGUUGCUUCGCAAAAUGUUCUGGGGAGAAAGACAUCUGUUAUUCACUGCACGUGUGUGUGUGUGUGCGUAUGUAUAUACAGCUGAAUUUGGAAGUUUACAUAUACUUAGCUUGGAGUCAAUAAAACAAUUUUUCAACCACUCCAAAAAAUUAUUGUUAACAA